CCUUUCCGUCACUCACUGCCAGUUUGCCUCAUUCUUUCUUUUGUGGUUCCGUAAUCCAUAGUCAAAAUAAAGAAAGAUCAGCAGAAUUAUUUCCAUUUCUAGAGAGGUUUAAUCAUUCCCAAACGCAAAAUGGCAGAACCUGAAGUUGUGGAUUUAGAUCUAACAAUAGAUGAUUUAGUUCCUAAAAGCCCUGAAAGGUUGGCUGAAGAAAAAAAGGAAAGCGGAAACCACUUGUACAAAUUUAAAAAUUAUAAAGGCGCAUUGGCUAUGUAUGAAGAAGCUAUUAAACUAUGUCCAGAAAAUGCUGCUUACUAUGGCAACAGAUCUGCCUGUUACAUGAUGCUGGGCAUGUACAAAAAUGCCUUAGAAGAUGCCCAAAAAGCUGUUGCACUUGAUAAUACCUUCACUAAAGGCUAUAUUCGUAUGGCUAAAUGCUGUAUUGCACUUGGUGACUUAUCUCGUGCAGAGCAAGCAGUAAACCGUGCUUCUGAACUCGGAGGAGUGGAUUGUGCUUCAAAUGAACGUAAAGCAAUUAAAUCUUUACAGCGUUUGCAUGAGGAUGCACAACGUGCCAUGGAAGCUGGCGAUUAUCGUCGCGUCGUCUUUUGUAUGGAUCGUUGCUUAGAAUACAGUCCCUCAAGCUCUAAAGCGAAACUUUUGAAAGCUGAAUGUUUAGCUAUGAUUGGGCGAUGUCAGGAAGCACAAGAAAUUGCAAAUGAUUCUCUAAGAUUUGACAGUUUUAACACGGAAGCCAUAUUUGUCCGAGGAUUAUGCCUUUACUUUGAGGACAAAGAUGAGCAAGCCUUCAAACAUUUUCAACAAGUUUUACGUCUUGCACCUGACCAUAAAAAAGCAAUGGAAGCAUAUAAAAAAGCCAAAUUAUUGAAACAAAAGAAAGAAGAAGGCAAUGAAGCGUUCAAAAUGGGUAGAUGGCAACAAGCUUUGAACCUUUACAAUGAAGCAUUAACUAUUGAUAAAAAUAAUAGGAAAGUUAAUGCAAAACUGUACUUUAAUAAGGCUACAGUGUGCUCAAAGUUAAACCAAAUAAAAGAGGCAGCUGAAGCUUGUACAGCUGCGUUAGAGUUGGAUGAAACAUAUGUUAAAGCAUUACUUCGACGAGCAAAAUGUUACAUGGAACUUGAACAGUAUGAAAAUGCCGUGAAAGAUUAUGAAAAUCUAUAUAAAAUCGACAAGAGUAAAGAAAACAAACAAUUAUUGCAUGAAGCUAAAUUAGCUGUUCGAAAAUCAAAACGUAAAGACUACUACAAAAUUCUUGGUGUUGACAAAACCGCAUCUGAAGAUGAUAUUAAGAAAGCUUACAGAAAACGCGCUUUAGUCCAUCAUCCAGAUCGGCAUGCAGGUGCCCCGGACAACGAGCGAAAGGAGCAAGAACGACGCUUUAAAGAAGUGGGCGAAGCUUACGAAGUUCUUAGUGAUCCGAAAAAACGUGCACGCUAUGAUCACGGCCAGUAUCUUUCUGACGAUUCUUCCGGCAUGGCUGAUUUUGAUCCAAACAUGGUGUUCCAAACAUUCUUCAAUCGUGGCGGCCAACAAUUUGAUCUUAAUGGUGGUGGUGGAUUUAAAGGUUCCGCUUUCAGCUUCCAAUAUGGAUAAAUAAUAUUGCAUAGAUGUCUUGUCUUUUUGAUACCCAAAAUCAAAGUAAACAAAAAAUAAUUGUCAUUCCAUAAAAAUAAGAUGAUUAAUGUUUUGGUUCACACAAAAAAUGUAGGCUCACUCAUUAACUUCCACUAAAAUAAACCAAAAAUAUGUUACAUAAACAUUUUUGUUUAACCUUGCAUCAAAAGACUAAUUGACAACAAAUUUAGUACCUUUCCUAAGAAACCAAAAUAUGUUUUAAAAUAAAAUUAAUUAUAAAAACUAUACUUAAAUUUAUUUAAAAAGUAAUUUAGUUUGCUGAUUCGCUAGGCGAAAGGAUUAAAGGACAGUAUAUUUUACAAAAAAUAUAUUGUUUUUUAUUUAAAGUAUUGGUUAACGCUCUUUACAAUUUAUAAAAUUAAGAUAUAAAUUGUUCAUGAACGAGGGCGUAAUGGAAGUCACAUGAAGCGGUUUGCCAAGAGAGUGUUAUUGCGCCAUAGAUAGGUUAUUGUAGUACUUUUACAUACACAAUAAAAAAAUAUAAGUAAACGAAGACUUUAAAGUCAUGACUUAUAAAACUGUAUCAAUUCAAUAGCUUGAAUUUUUCAGUUUUGUGCAAUUAUUGUAAAGCCACAAUAAAACUAUGGCUGAAUGUGUUAAUUUUUCAACAACUUUAUAAAAAGGAAUAAGCUGUUUAUAAGAAAACAAUUUAAACCUCCAACGAUUUAAAGAAAUGCCAAUUUAUUAUAAUAAAGAAGAUAAUUUUUAUUUGAAAAUGAUUAAAUUAUGGCAAAUGUAUAAAAAAUACCAUCUCGUUUAUUUAGGUAAGCAAAAUGACAAUGAAGUUAAAUUGCCUAUUGUACUCAAUAUUUAGCUUAUUAAAAUAUUAAUAUGUAGUUUUUGUUUUUUUUUGGAUGUCUAUUUUGUUGGCACCUCAGCUGUAAUAUUUCGAUAACAAUCUCUUUUUUUAUUCGUAAUGUGUUAAUAUUGUUAUAUGAAUUAAUAUUUUCUAGUACACUUACUUAGCAUUUAUAAGAAUUCAAUCUUAGAUUAUGUAGAUUAGAAUGCAAUUUAAAAUUCUUAGAUAAUUUCAAUAAAUAAAAAGAAUUAGUUCACUUUUGAUUUAUUUGCCAAGAUAAGUUCCACAAUAUUUCUAUAUGUAUGUAGACAAGUUACUAUUGAAAUUAGAUAUAUCAAAAGACAUUCAUUAUUAUACAAUUGAUGCUAUUAAAUUAUAAACAGGAACACAACCCAAGGUUUUUCAUUGAAAAUAUUUAUUCAACAUUUAUACUUGUUAUUAAACUAAAAUAUCGCAGCUCUGGUUAUUCAAUAGUUAACAUGAUUAAAAUGGUAAUUAUAUCUGUAAUUCAACAUAUAGUACGUUGUUUCCACUAUUUGGUAAAAGUUUCGAUAAUAGUCUUAAGAGUAUGGAAUAUUACGAAUAACAUAAAAAUUUUGAAUUGAAUGUUUGAAUCUUGUUCUUUGUUGUAAGUAAUUUUAAAUCGUUUUAAUA